UUGUCUUCUGGCUUCCUCCACCAUCACAAGGAUCCGAUUUCUGCCAAACUAUCAUCUCUGAUGGUUCUCUGCAGGACACAAGUCGGCUUAUCCCGAGCUCUUCUGCCAUCUCCAUUAGUUCCUCACAGGUUUACUGUGACACAAAGAGCCUUUUCACCAAUAUAAUGGUCAAUCAGGUCAUGGAUACCUGUUCUGUGGCCUCCAAUUCAUCAGAAGAAUUAUCAGAGUUGAUGAACAUAAUCAAUGGGUUGUCCCCAACUGAUGCUGGAACACUUGACUCUGACAGACCGGCUCUCAUGACCACUAGCCGUCAGUCUAGUGCCAAUUCAUUGCCUAUACCAUCUCUGUCUGGCAGCAGCACACACAACGGUGGAACUGUGGAUAUUCAAGUUUUAGGAGAGGUGGAAUCCAAGAUGGACAACAAAGAUCUGGAGAUGUCUAGUGUCUCUGUGCAUCCAUCAACUCCAUCAGCCAUGGACUCUGAUACACAUGCAUUAUUUGACUCCACUAGCAAUGACUACACCUCUUUGGUACUUUUACUGAUUGUUAGAUUGCUGUCAAUGAUCACCCCUAUCACAUUACUGGAAUCCUCCGACAUUGGUGAAACAUCAAGAGUUCUCACAAAGAGGAUUCUGUCUGAGUUCUGUGGCACCUCAGGCCCUGAACAAACUCAAGCCUACCCCCAGAAACUGAAAAUCAAAAAGAUUUUCAAGGCUGUCUACAUGGGGCUUUUUCAAGAAUUCGGGUCAGAGAAGAUGCUCCAGGUUGCAAUGAAGUCAACGGAUUAUGCAUUUGACGAUGCCCUGGUCAAAUCAUUAACUAGGGAACUACUAACGAAAUGCAAUGAGGCUAGCUCUUCACCUCCCUCCAUGACCCAGUUGUCAUCACGCAAUGAACUUGGCAGUGACGAGGUAGGUUAUUCUGGGCUUCCAACAACUGGUAGAAAGGAAAAGAAGAGAGGAAGAUUCAGCGCUCUCUGUGGACUCAACCCAAAGUGUACAAAGAAGGACAACAAUAAGAACCACUGCACUCAAACACCUUCCCAGAACCAGACCCCUGCCGUCAGUGAAACAGCGGGAAUCAAACCCAUGACGCUUGGCGUUGCAAGCGCCAUGCUCUACCGACUGAGCCACACAGGACCCAGUGUGACAAUGAAAAUAGCAUCUUAG